AUGGAGAGCUUAGGCAGAGACGUCUGGGGUCUCGUGGGUCAGUACGAAGCUUCACAACAUGGAAUGGCCGGUGAAGGUGAUUUACAAGAAGCCAAGAAUUUCAGCGCCAAACAUCUCAGAUCGCUGCUAUCCGCAGGAAAGAUGGAGAUGAAAGUGGCCAAACAAGUCCAACAGUCUCUGGAACUCCCACUGCGAUGGAGGUUGCAACGGCUAGAAGCUCGAAAUUUCAUUGAUCUGUUCCCGUUGGAGAGCCAAGAAAGCUCGUUGUUGCUAGAAUUGGCUCGGCUGGAUUACAAUCUUGUGCAGUCAGUGCAUCAGAACGAAGUCAAGGAACUCGCAAAGUAA